GCCUCGACCUAAUGUCUGCAAAUCAGCAGCGGACAGCGUGCUGGACGAAACCAAUCAGCGCGUUCCAACGAGCAGAUCCUCAGCCAAUCGCGGGCCUCCACGACGGGGAAGAAGUAACGGCUUAUAUAUGGAGAGAGCACAGUUCAUUCAACAUCAUUAAACCGAAGCAAGAAAACCGACUGAAAAAGAGAGAAACACUUUGCUGUAAGGGUAGUUCCAGUUUAGGCAACGUCAAGGCCGUUAACGUAUUGACAAUACUGCGAUUAAGAUUUAUUUACAGAUCUGAGUUCAAACUAGCAACGAUGAAGCUGUUGUGGGUUGUAAUGCUGGUGGCUGGCAGCGUGUUUGCCGAUGACGACGACAAGAGGGAGAGUGUGGGGACUGUGGUUGGAAUCGACCUGGGGACCACCUACUCAUGUGUCGGAGUGUUCAAGAAUGGCCGUGUGGAGAUUAUCGCCAAUGACCAGGGCAACCGUAUCACUCCAUCAUAUGUGGCCUUCACCAGCGAGGGGGAGCGUCUGAUUGGUGAUGCUGCCAAGAACCAGCUGACCUCUAACCCCGAGAACACAGUUUUUGAUGCCAAGAGAUUGAUUGGGCGCUCUUGGGGUGACUCCUCUGUGCAGCAGGACCUCAAGUACUUUCCCUUUAAGGUUACUGAGAAGAAGACAAAGCCUCAUAUUCAGGUUGACAUUGGUGGUGGCUCGAUGAAGACCUUUGCUCCGGAGGAGAUCUCUGCAAUGGUGCUGACUAAGAUGAAGGAGACUGCUGAGGCUUAUCUGGGCAAGAAGGUCACACAUGCUGUGGUCACUGUCCCUGCCUACUUCAAUGAUGCCCAGCGCCAGGCCACUAAGGAUGCUGGAACCAUUGCUGGUCUGAAUGUUAUGAGAAUCAUCAAUGAGCCAACUGCUGCUGCCAUUGCUUAUGGUCUGGACAAGAAAGAUGGCGAGAAGAACAUUCUAGUGUUCGAUCUGGGUGGUGGCACCUUCGAUGUCUCCCUUCUGACCAUUGACAAUGGUGUGUUUGAAGUGGUGGCCACCAACGGUGACACUCAUCUGGGAGGUGAAGACUUCGACCAGCGCGUCAUGGAGCACUUCAUCAAACUGUACAAGAAGAAGACUGGCAAAGAUGUGCGCAAAGACAACCGUGCCGUGCAGAAGCUGCGUCGUGAGGUUGAGAAGGCGAAGAGGGGGCUGUCUGCUCAGCACCAGGCCCGCAUUGAGAUUGAGUCCUUCUUUGAGGGAGAAGACUUCUCUGAGACCCUGACCCGUGCCAAGUUUGAAGAGCUCAACAUGGACCUGUUCCGUUCCACCAUGAAGCCUGUACAGAAGGUGCUGGAGGACUCUGACCUGAAGAAGUCUGACAUUGAUGAGAUUGUCCUGGUUGGAGGCUCCACCCGUAUCCCCAAAAUCCAGCAGCUGGUGAAGGAGUUCUUCAAUGGCAAAGAGCCCUCUAGGGGCAUCAACCCUGAUGAGGCUGUGGCAUAUGGAGCUGCUGUGCAGGCUGGAGUGCUUUCUGGAGAAGAGGACACUGGUGAUCUGGUUCUACUGGAUGUGUGCCCCCUGACCCUUGGUAUUGAGACUGUUGGAGGGGUAAUGACGAAGCUAAUCCCCAGGAACACUGUGGUGCCCACAAAGAAAUCCCAGAUCUUCUCUACAGCUUCUGAUAACCAGCCUACUGUCACCAUUAAGGUUUAUGAAGGUGAGCGUCCUCUGACAAAAGACAACCAUCUGCUGGGCACAUUCGACCUGACUGGCAUCCCUCCUGCUCCUCGUGGUGUACCACAGAUUGAGGUCACCUUUGAGAUUGAUGUCAACGGUAUUCUGCGUGUCACUGCUGAGGACAAAGGCACAGGCAACAAGAAUAAGAUCACAAUCACAAACGACCAGAACCGUCUGACACCUGAGGAUAUCGAGCGCAUGGUGAACGACGCGGAGCGCUUUGCUGACGAAGACAAGAAGCUAAAGGAGAGGAUCGACGCCCGCAACGAGUUGGAGAGCUAUGCCUACUCUCUGAAGAACCAGAUUGGCGACAAGGAGAAGCUAGGGGGCAAGCUGUCAGAUGAUGAUAAGGAAACCAUUGAGAAGGCAGUGGAAGAGAAGAUUGAGUGGAUGGAGUCACACCAGGAAGCUGAGCUGGAAGACUUCCAGGCCAAGAAGAAGGAGCUAGAGGAGGUGGUUCAACCCAUUAUCAGCAAGCUUUAUGGUAGUGCGGGCGGACCCCCACCCGAGGGCGCUGACAGUGAGCAAGAGGAGAAGGAUGAGUUGUAGGCAGGUUUAAAGUCAACUCUUCUGUCACCCCUUGCCUCUCUGGUAGGUGCCUCUAGAUGUAUAUAUUGGACUGAUGGGACUCAAAUAGUGAGAGGAAUGGUUGGGAAGGGGUGGCGAUAACAAGCAACCAUACCGAAUCUUCUGAAAGACUUUAAAAUAAGUUUCAGGUUGUGAGGUGUUUUCUUCGCUGGAAGGUGGAGAUAUUCGUCAGCCCAGAUAUGAGGCUUUCUGCUGCUGUUCUCAGGCAGUCCUGAUUGGGUUCUUUACUGGGGGAGGGACUUAGUGGGGGGUGGGGUGGGGUGGGCAGGUCUUUUGUUUGUGGGUCCAUUGAGUGGGGUGUCAGUGUGAUCAAGAGCUCGUUAUGUUCACAGGCACUGCUAAAAAGUUAUUUAUUGAAUCUGGUCAUUGUACUUCUGGAAAGACAUUGAAAUAAAUGUUUGAUACAAAAUG